UUAAGCAUGAACGGGUUUGGCUAUGGCUCUAUGUAUGGAUCUCCUUAUGGUUAUGGAAUGGGAGGAGGGUACAUGAACAACUACAAUAACCAGAAUAACCAAGAUCAAACUCCUGAGGACCAACAAAGCUUUACCAAUACCAUACGAACUUUGGUAUCAGGGCUUAGUGCUGUCACAGGAAUUUCCUUCGGACUCUCAACUUUAUUUGGAUUGCUAUAUAAAGCAAUAAAGCUACUUAAUAUUUUCAAAGGCAAGAAAGAAACAGAACAGCUUCUUGAUGCUGUCUGGAAACAAACUGUCAGAAAACAUUCCAGGAGAGGAUUCUGGAUGAUGUUCAAAAUUCUUAUUGUUGCUAUCAUCUGCUGCUCGAUAUACCUCUUUUCCCACUCAUUGUCGAAGAAGGAAGAGGAGUCCAAACGUCAGCAAGAGACUGUUCAAGAGAAUGAAAAGGAAGAAGACAAAGAGAUUUCAAUAGAAGACUUUAUGUUCCAAAGAAAAUCUGUUAAACAAAACUCUGAAAUUAUUGAUGAAGAAGUAAAUGAAGAAUCAACACAAGGAGAGGAAGAGAGUAUUAAGCUUGGAAGUGUAUAUGAGCUUAACGAUUCUGAUAAUCUGGUCAACUAAAAAUUAGGAGAAGCAUCUUAAUGCACUAUGCGCCUAAAGAGCAAACCUCAAACUAUAAUAAUUCCUUCAGUAACUAAAUCUUUUACAACUUUU